AUGCCCAACACAACAGAUAUGGCGUCCGCGCUGCGUGUCCCGGAUGGUCCCACUAGUGGGCUUCAAGACUUCGCCAUUGCAAUCAACUUCAUCUUUCCAUCGGCUGCCCUGCUAGUUGUGGCAGCACGAGUGGUAGGACGGGCGACCUCAAGGCAGUUUGGCACAGACGACUGGCUCAUUUCGAUUGCCAUGAUCUUUUCUCUGAUACAGACAGCAAUUAGCUACAUGUUUAUAAAAACAAACUUUGUCGGCAUCCACUUCAACGACAUUCCACCGCACGACCCAAUCCAGGGUGCUAUCUGGAAUUUUGCCGUUGAAUUUCUUUACAACCCUAUCCUCUCUCUCGCCAAGUCCUCGGUGCUCAUUUUCCUGCUCCGGCUCUUUGGCCAAAAGACCGGCAUCCGUCGCUUUAUCAUUGUGCUCAACACAAUCAACUUGAUGCAGAUGAUUGGUGUCUUUGUUGCCCUCAUCUUUCAGUGCACACCGAUUGCGUUUAACUGGGACAAAACCAUCAAGGGAGGCCACUGCGUCGACCAGCGGCUUCUGUUUGUAUCGACUUCAGCCUUCAACAUUCUGACGGAUAUUAUCGUGCUUGGCCUGCCCUUAUACAUUCUGGCCGACCUCAAGAUCCGCCGGCGAACUAAAUUUGGUUUGAUAUUUAUUUUCCUGUUGGGCAUAUUGGUCACAAUAACAUCUAUUGCCCGCAUGGUCAUCUUUGUCCAGGGUCUCUUUGGUCUAGUCGUGUCGCCGGAUCCGACAUUCAACAUUGGCUUUAUGACGUCUGAUAUCGAGACGAAUUUGGCACUGAUUACAGCCUCGAUCCCGGCCUUGCGUCCGUUCUUGAGAGCACGCGACCGCGGGGGGUGGCUGCCUCGGUUUGGCCGAGCACCGAAUACGACAGCCAACAACACAACCGAAAUGGCCCGCAAUACGGCAGCCACGGCCGCCUACCUUUCGCGCGCCUCCACCAUGACGGCUGCGACCAUGGCGACAAAGACGGCCACGAUACAAAAGUCGAGCAGCCGCCGUGGCCGCGACGCCAAUGGAAAGCUUCUGCGCAUCGGGACGACGUCCGAGCGCCAGCAGCCAAUGGAGCUACGCAGCCAAAGCCCGCGAAGCAGUGAGGAAGAGGCCAUGACAAGCAAUGGCAUUAUGCGCGUCAGCGACAUCCAGCGCGAGAUUGACGGUCUGGCGCGCGAGCUGACAGCCGUUUCCGGACCGUACUCUUCUUCUCGGUACACCCAUUUUCUGGAUACAGAUCCCGCUGCCGACAAUCUCCAGGGAGCACCACAGCCGCCCCGGUCAUCCUCGGCUCCGGGUUUUGGUCGGCGGCGGUUUGCCGACCAGUACUACAGUGAAGGCGCCGACCCGGAUGUCGAGUAUGCCCGUGAACGCGACUUCAACGAGGAGCGGUUGUCACGAUACGGCGAGCGGCGCUUCGGCGUCAUAACGCCCAAGGGCGUUCCGCCACAGUGGCCCGGUCACUUUGAAAACGGAGGUCGCAAAGAAGGCCAGCCCUUUUAG